AUGGGAGUAUGUGUCAGUUCAAAUAGAGAGCGUCAUGGUAGAAGUAGAUAUCGUCCAAAUACUGGCACUAUUAACGGAGUUAGCGUAGGUCGAAAUAAACCGCUAAGUCGUACAAAACUAAAAUGGAAAUCUGAUGUACCGUUGUCUGAAAAUCAACUACGUCGAAAACGAGAGGAAUUUUGGGAUACAGCGCCUUCCUUCGAAGGACGGAAAGAAAUCUGGGAUGCUCUUCACGGUGGUGUGUAUGCAAUUGAACAAAACGAUUAUGAUUUAGCGCAAUCAAUUAUCAAUUGUGCCAAUAUUACAUGUCCAUUUGGUUCACUUCUUGAUUGUUAUGAUGAACUUGGUACACGUUAUCAAUUGCCUAUUUACGUUCUUACUGCGCCAACAAACCUCGCUGACGAAUCAAGUGAUUCACCUGAAGGUGAAUCAGGUAUUAGUGAAACAGGUUUAGAUCAAACAACGUCAUCAUCUUCACCCACAUUAUCUCGAAUAACAAAAUUAAAAAAUCCUGUUGUACGUGAAAUAAAAAAGCAUCAGCAUCGUCGAAAAAAAUCGAGUGAUUAUAAUGAUUCAUCAGGAAAUGGUCAGACGUCGACAGUCAAUGGAACAACGACAACUCCAACAUCAGAUAUUAGUUUACCAAUUAAAUUUCGUUUAUCAAAUGGUAAAGAACAUAAACUUCCUUGUAAACAACAAGAAAAGAUUCGAAAUAUCAAACGACGUCUAGCAACUCUAGAAAAUAUUGAUGCGCAAUCACAACGUUUAUUUUUUGGUGGAAAACAAUUAAAUGAUCGUAAUACGAUUGAAGAUAUAAAAUUACAGAGAAAUUUUGUUGUCCAAGUGUUUAUUACCAGUAUAAAUGACGCUCCCUUGCCGCCUGUAACAACAACAGUAGCAAAUACAUGCACGUCAUUAUCCAGUCAAAAUGAUUAUUCAAACACAUCACCUGCUGGAUCAAUUCCACCAUUAAAACCAUCCGAAGGCCAUCACACAAUUAAAUAUUGA